AUUGGAACUUUUGGCAGUCGACGAAUUUUUUUUUUCUGUUCAUGUAAUAUUUUCGUGUAUUGGGGUUGAUUAAUGUUUGCGUUGCUUAUCGACCAAGGCAAACAAUACCUUGGCAUUCACUGUGAACUGCAAUUACUAAGGAGACCAACAGGAGAAUAAUGUCUUUAAGAGUAUAUUACGAUUUAAUGUCACAACCGUCUAGGGCGGUUUAUCUAUUUCUGAAAGUGGCAAACAUACCAUUCGAAAGCUGCACGGUUAAACUUCGUGAUGGUGAACACUUUGAAGAGGCUUUUACAAAAAUCAAUCCCUUCCAAAAAGUCCCUGUUAUUGAUGAUGCUGGAUUCAAAUUAACUGAGAGUGUAGCAAUUCUUCGUUACUUAGUCAGAAGCAGAAAUGUUGCCGACCACUGGUAUAGUUCCGAUUUGCAGCUUCAAGCAAAAGUAGAUGAAUACCUUGAGUGGCAACAUCUCAACACUAGACUGUUCUGUGCCAUGUAUUUUAGACACAAGUUUUUAGAGCCUAUGAUGUUUAAUAGACCAGUCGAAGAAAAGAAAGUUGCCCGUUUUCAGAAAGAAAUGGAAAAGUGCUUGGAAGUUAUAGAAAAUAUUUGGUUGGACCAUGGGAAAAAAGACUUUAUCACUGGGCCUAACAUUUCAGUAGCUGAUCUUUUGGCCUGUUGUGAAUUGGAGCAACCUGGAAUGGCUGGAUAUGAUGUGUUCCAAAAACAUCCUAUUAUCGGUGCAUACAGGGAACGUGUGCGAAAGGCAACGGAGCCUCAUUACGAAGAAGCUCAUAAAAUCGUUCGGAUUGUAACACACAAGUUUUUGGGAGUUCCACGCGACAGUAAACUGUAAACAAUUCUAGAGCUAGUUGGGUUUGUGCACUGUAUUUUCUAAUAAUGUAUAAGAAAUUCCUAGAUUUUCUAUGGUUAAAAAAGGUUUCCAAUAUACUGAUAAAUACGUAUAAAGUCA